UUUGAACGAAAGUUUAAAAAACAUUUAUCGAAAGCAAAACGUGGCUGAACAAAAUUUUGACAAUUUAAAUAAAUGCUUAAUUAAAGUCCAAAAUGAAUCGUUUGAUUUUGGCUGUUUUGUUGCUUUUUUUGGUAAUGCCAAUAAAAUGCGAAUUAAAUUUUGGUGAAAACGCUUUUGCAUCAAUUAAGUCAUUUUUUGGAUUUGAUGAGAAGCCAUACAUCCCAACAGGAACCAACCAAAAUAAUGCAGCUUUUAUUGAAUCAAAAGAUGGUUCAUUCCAAUGUCCAAAGUGCUAUCCAUCAAGUGAAAUUAAUUACCUGGAUGAAAUUAAAUUGAAUACAACUGAAUGGAAGUGCAUCGAUAUAGUUCUUCGCAAUGCUACAAAAGAUCAUGGAAACUUUACAAGCUUGUUAUUGACUGCUACAGGGAAAAAAGUUCUUGACCAAAUUAUGGAUUGUUAUGCUGUUAAAUCUGAAGACAUCGACUGGUUUGGCUGGUGGCAAAACUUUACACAAAGUGAUUUCUGGAAGCUCGUCACUGAUCAUUAUUGGUAUAUAAUCAUUGCUGCAUUAAUUUCUCUCGUUGUCAUCACAUGCUGUUGCAAGCUGUGCUGUGUGCUUUGCAAGAAGAAGCGCGAUGAUGACUUUCUCGAAUAAACAUCGAUACGCUAACUAAGCAAUUUAGUUCUUUAAGUUUUGAUACCUUUAAUUUUCUCUUUAUAUCUUAAUUACAUUACGGUAUUUUUCUUCAUUGAAAUGUAAGAUGCAUUACUGGAUUCCAAACAAAAAAAAAUAUCAAUAAAUCCAAUUAGAUUUUCAUAAGUAAUUCAUGUUUAACAUGCCUUUAAACAAAUGGAACUGAUGACUAAAAGAUGAUCGUUAAAUAAGAAUGUCAACCACAUUCA